UUUAGUUUGUUUUGCAUUUUAAGUUCUAGAGUUUGCUUCCUUCCAAGUUGUAAUAUCCGAAAUUUGAACAAGGAAAAUGAAAAUCUUUGAGGUUCCAUGCUUAGAAGACAACUACUCUUAUCUGAUCAUGGAUGAAAGCACAAAAGAGGCAGCAGCAGUGGAUCCGGUGGAGGCGGAGAAGGUGGUUGAAGCUGCCAAUCAGCUGGGAGCUGUCCUCAAGUUGGUCCUUACCACUCAUCACCACUGGGAUCACGCUGGUGGCAAUGAUAAGAUUAAGCAGCUGGUUCCUGGGAUUAAGGUGUAUGGCGGUUCUCUUGAUAAUGUUAGGGGCUGCACUCAUCAACUCCAAAACGGUGAUACCUUAUCUCUUGGCUCCUAUCUCAACAUUUUGGCUCUUCACACCCCUUGCCACACCAAGGGUCACAUAAGUUACUAUGUCACUGGCAAAGAUGGAGAGGACCCAGCUGUUUUUACUGGAGAUACACUCUUCAUUGCUGGCUGUGGGAAGUUUUUUGAGGGCACAGCAGAACAGAUGUAUCAAUCACUCUGUGUAACCCUCGGUUCACUGCCAAAGCCAACUCGUGUUUACUGUGGCCACGAGUACACAGUGAAGAACCUGCAAUUUGCAAUGACAGUUGAACCAAAAAAUGAAAGGAUACAGCAAAAGUUAACAUGGGCUAAUAGUCAGCGACAAGCAGGUCUGACCACCAUUCCCUCAACCAUUGAGGAAGAAAUGGAGACAAAUCCAUUUAUGCGAGUUGAUCUACCAGAACUUCAGUUUCAAGAAAUGUUCACCCUUCUUCAUUUGGUUUUUGGACCAUUCUUCUGGGGAGCAUUGGUUGCCAGUCUCCUGUUGAAGCACUGAGGGAGAUAAGGCGGAUGAAGGACAAUUGGCGGGGCUAAUUGUGGAGUUGCCUCAGUACUAAUAAAUACGGACGAAGAAUUUCCUUUUCUUGUAAAGAAAAGAAUAAAAAAUGUUUGUGUGGUGUUGGAAGUUAUAAGUAUGUACGUUGGAGUAAGCAUGUGAAAAUUGCAUAAUCAAUCACCUUGGAAUCAAUGAUGGUUGGUGGCAUGAACUUGUGCAUGUAUCAUAAUCAUUUCCCAGAUUGGAUGUUCUUUUAGAAGUAGUGUGUACUGUGUAAAGCAACUAUAUAUUUUCAUGUGGAGUGGCUGCAGGGUUUGAAGAGAAGCUUGCGUUUAGAAAAGGGCAAUUGUUAGUGGAGUUUGGGAAUUGGGAGGGCGAAGAAGAUUGCAAGAGUUGUUUUAAUAGUGACAAACCCUCCUAUCUCAUUGCUGUUUAAACUCACUAAAUGGGAGUGGUUUCCAGUUUUGGAUUCAUCGGGCAAGA